AUGGAUAAUCCUAAAACAUGUGCAUCCUUAAGUUUGACUCAACAAGAAUACCUUCAGCAAUACAUUCAACAGCUCGAAGCUUCUUCCCAAAAUGUUAAAAUUAUUAGGUCGCUUAGAACCCUGUGGUUCCCAAGAUUUCUGGAUCUCUGUAAAGCCCGUCUUUCUGAAGUUGUUGAUCCACCCGUGGAAUUCAGCGAAUACAAUCCCUCAAGAUAUCAGAGAACGAAAUUCAGACAAUUUGACAACACAGAUCUCUACACUGAGGAACCCUCUCGCAUUUAUGAUGCUGUUGUUUCCUUAAUGCAAUAUAUAUCGUCUGAAGACCUACUCCAAACUCCUCUGAUAUUUCGAAAAAGUGGAAAUAUCAGUCGACAGCGGGAUCUAAGUAAACAUCUAUUAAAUGGAGAAGCUGUGGCCUUUCCCUUCUACUCAACUACCUUGACUGAAUCCUCUUCCGUAUCCAUAUUAACAACACCUACAUCUAUAAAGCAAUCCUGGAAUCGAAUGACAAGAUCAAAGUCCUCAAAGAUAACCCCAUCUAAAUCAGAGACAACAAUCGAUAAUGGCGGUGAAUUGAAUGCCCACGAUUAUGCUAAUGUUUUGAAGACUGUCCUUAGAGAAAUGCCCGAACCAAUCCUAACCAAAGAUCUCCUACCAAUUUAUAUUUCCGUGUCAAAACUUACCUCAGCAAAUGAAAAUCUAACUGAAUUGGAUUACAAAUUAGUUAGAGCAAAACAGCAAUCCGCAAUUAGGAUUCUAUCAUGGCUUCUACCGAUGAACAAUCAGCAUCUACUCAGGAGUCUGCUCGAUUUACUCACACAAACCCUGGCACAUUCAGAUGUCAACAGCAUGUCUGCUGAAAGCCUUGGUACGAUAUUCGGCCCUCUCCUAUUUGCUCCUUCUUGUAGGUCACAUAACGAUUUGCACAAAGAUUACGACUCGCUAAAUGCUCUCGCGACAGUGAUGAUUGAACAAGGAUCUGAAGGCGUAUUUGCAAUUCCUCUGCGCUUAUUCAACGAUAUCAAGAAGAUUGUCAAUUCAGAAACCUUUCUUCGAAUGAUUACCUCUAGAGACUCGGGUUUGGACUCCUGCUCAUUGGAAUCGUCAAUAAGUGCAGAAGACGUGGACAUGUAUACAGAUAUCGCAUUUGCUGAAAGGUGCAAUAAUAUUGAAUCUCCUACAUGGAAACAGGCAACUCAAGACUCGAUAGAUCAGCUUAUCAAAAAAAUCAAUGGUCUUCCGGAUUCUCAUCCAAGAAAGUCUUAUUAUCUUCGUGCAUUAUGCAAUAAUAGCGAGGUUGAGUCUGAGAGUUUCUUCCAGAAAGCUACAAGAUCCUUCUUCAACUCCUGCAAAACACCGUCGAAACAUUCAGCUACAAAGAUGUUGCUCGGAGCCUCAGCUGUGACACCCUCGAAUCCUGAAAGAAUUAAAAUUUCCUGUUGUCCAAUAGGUUCAGUAUUGUCAGCGUCAAAGAAAAGACGUGUGGAAAGUGGGAUAAAGAAGAAAGAAUCCGUGCUCCAACCCGAAAAUAAGAAACUCAGGUGCGCUGCUGUUCAGACUGAUCUCUCCUUAGGCUCUAGUGUUCUACUUCAAAUGCCGGUGAAGAGAAAUUAUGGCCGGUCGAAAGUGGAAAAAGUCGAUAUUUCUUUCCCUCACCAUGACAACAUGAAAGCUAGGCAUUCUUUAUAA